GCAACGGCCUAACGCGGAGAGAUGGAGAACAACAGCAGGGAGCUCCAGGCCAGGAAAUACUUGGAAAAACAUCGGAUUAUGGAGUUGCUGAACUAUCUCACCAGUAGCCUGCUCUUUUUCCAGCCAAGUAAACCAAGAGAGUAUUUAAUAUCUCUAUUGGAACGACUGAGAAUUGCUAAAGAAACAGGUGUGUCUUUUCCUUUCUUUAUGGAUCACAGUAACAUUGUGGCUAUGUUUGAGAUGAUGGACUCUGCACAUAGAGGCACCAUAUCAUUUGUGCAGUACAAAGGAGCCCUAGAGACCCUGGGUCUGUCAACUGAAGAUGAAGAUUUAAAAGAUGAUGGACAUGGAAUAACUUUGGAGAAAUUCAAGGAUGAAGUAGUAUCUCUAGCUACACCUCUGCUGACCAGCUGUGCCAGGGUGGCUUUCUGAACGUGCCCUGUACCCCAGAGAAAGCUGAAGG